AUACAACACUAAUAAAACUUUUGGCAUUUUCUCUAAAAUUCAUUUAAUUUUUUUUUUUAUAUUUAUACUGAAACGAAUUACUAUAUUAUAUAGCAUUAAUAUUUCAAUAUUUACUGUAAAGACUACAUAUAUUCUUAAUCUAGGUGCGUUCUUACACAUAAAAUAUUUUAUUUUGAUCAUUAAUAGUCGUCAUUAUUUUGACAUAAUAUGUCAUUUGGAAAAUCUAAUUUUACAAAUAUGUUUUUAUAAUAUUUAAUCAAAAUAUACCUUGACAUGCCUGUAGAUUGUCAGAGAUCCACUUGUGGUGGGAAAGGCAAUUAUGGAAUGUUCAUAAAAAGAAGUCCGAAUCUAUGCGCAGCUGGUCUACCUACAGCGCAACCUGAUGAUCACGUAAAAGAUUCCCUGCAACAUUACCUGUUAAAAGACGAAGCGGACUCUCUUAUUUCUGACGCUAUUAUUCCAGCAGACAAAACACGUCCUCUUCCUCCAUUGCACCAUCCUAUACAACCUGAUAAGCGAAAUGCUGGUCUAUUUUGUGACGUUGCUGAGAUUGUUAACCCACCCAAUAAAACUAAAUUUCAAUCUCUAACAGACGAUUUAAAAGAUACCGCAUAUUCAUCUUAUUGGAAAAGACCUCUUGGAUGCGUGCACGAUUCAGUUCCAAUGUUGCCAGAGGGAUUUGAUGUAUUUGGAAUAACAUUUGGAAGGAGAACUCCAUUUCAUGGACGCUUAUAUGAUAUUGUAAUGCCAAAGAAUCCAUAUCCAGAUAAAACACCUCCAUCAAAGCGUCCAGGAGAACAACGUAAAUAUAAUUACUGUAAACCGUCAUUUGAUUCCGAUUUAACCUAUGGGCAUAGAACUUAUGUGGAUAAACGAGGUUCUUAUGUAAAAUGUUGUUUGACUGAUAACAAAGUUUUUGAAGGAACAGGAAAUCGAACGAUUGUAAAUAGUAUACAAGCAAAUUUUCUAGAUACAAAGCAAUCUAGAAUUGGCAUCGUUUCAGCACCAAAUGAAAAUAUAAAAAAUGUACCUAAAGAUUUCUGUUUUGGUAAACUAAAGCCCCCCGACAAUUUACCAGAAUGUCUCACACUUUGUGAAUUAAAUCCUGGUCGAGAUCAUUUCCAUAAAUGCUUAAAGCAUCUGAACACUCUGCGUAAAUCUUUAUCUACUCGUUUCUUACCAACGUUCUUUAAUGGAUUUUACUUAAAUUUAAAACAUUUUAACAAAGAUAAAUCUGGAUGGCUCCCAAAAGAAGUAGUAUAUAAUUAUUGUGGAACUAAAUUGAUAAGAUUUGAUCCAACAUUAAUUGAACCCUUAUUGUCAUUAUGGCAAGCAUUUGAUGGCACAAGAAUAGAAUAUAAAAUUUUUGUUAAUGUCAUUAAUUACAGAGAGCCUUUUCCCGAAAUACCUAAAAUACCUGAUUUACAAAAACACUGCCUUAAUUUUAAUACAACAUAUACUAAAAUGGUAAAAACUGGACAAAAAGCCGAUCAGAGACCUAUGGCAGGAUUACCGUCUGGUCGUUAUCUUGAUUUAGACUAUCCAAUCAGUCCUGAAAAAUGUUGCAAAGCAGAUACAAUAUGUCUUCCACAUGAAUCAGAUAUGAAGUCCUGUUUAUCUCCGUCUGUUUUAACUUUUCUUCAUGUUAAUCAUCGUGAUAUGUACGCUAAACGCGAGCCACAUGUAGUAAAAAGAGUUUUUGAAGCCACUGGAGAAAAAUUUUGUGAUGACACUUUUAAUGCAAUAUGGAAAAAUGCAAAAAAAUAUCAUUCACAGGGAUGGGUUUGUUAUGAAACAUUUAGACGAGCUUUAGAGGCAUAUCUGAAAUCGGAAAAUGAAGAAAACAAAAUAAACUAA